AUGGCACCUCCAACAUCCCCUCUCCUCCUCGUCCUCUUCCUCCCCCUCCUCCUCCACUCCUCCUCCACCUCCGCAAAAGUACCUCCUUCGGAAACCUUCUCCUACACCAACUCCGGCGAAUUCGGCCCCUAUAUCGCUGAAUACUCGGCCACCUACCGCUUCCUCCCGAUCGCCUCCUCCCCUUUCCAACUCUGCUUCUUCAACACCACCCCUUCCUCCUUCUUCCUCGCCCUCCGCCUCGGCACACCCCGCUCUGAAUCCAUCUUCCGCUUCGUCUGGACCGCCAACCCUUCCCGCCCCGUCGCCGACAACGCGGUCUUCUCCCUCCUUGCCGACGGUGAUCUUCGCCUCACCGACGCCGACGGCUCCCUGGUCUUCUCCUCUAAAACCGCAGGAAAAGACGUGAAAGGUCUCCGCUUACUCCCCAACGGUAACAUUGUGCUUGUCGAUACGCGGGGAAGCUUUUUGUGGCAAAGCUUCGAACACCCUGCGGACACCCUGCUUGUUGGCCAGUCGCUUAACGUUGGUAAGAAGCUGGUGAGUCGACUCGGUGGAUACAGUCUCGCGGUUGAGUCCGGCGGACUCGCGCUUUAUAUGAAUAAGAUCGCCGGCGGUAAGCCGCUUCUGUAUUCAACCGGCGGUGGGAUUAUGAGGAUCACCGGAAGUGAGCUUAAGUCGGUGAUGUUCAGAGCUGACCCGCAGGUUUGGAUCAAUAACUCAUAA